AUGGGCUUCAAGAUCAAUAUUAAGAUCGUGGGGGCGCUGAGAGCGCUGGUGUUUGAGAACACCAUUAGCCAGCCGGAGCAUAUCCCGGGCCAUGCAGUCGGGAGCUACGACAGUGAGAGCGGCAAGAAGAGGAUGGCGGAGGUGGCGCAUUUGUACGCGGAAGACGUGGCCAAUGUGGCGCGCAUGGUGACGCACAUGCAGUUCCUGUGGCGCACGCGGCUGAAUGUAAUUCAUGAGUGCUUUAAGGGCAUCCAGAUGGUCAAACUCAAUGCGUGGGAGGACAAGAUGCAGUGCAAGAUUGAACACGCGCGGAAAGAGGAAAACCGCGAGCGUCGCAGGGUUAAUGUCGUGGCUGCGUUGCAGUACUGCGUCGGAGUGGAUUCACCCAACUUGGCUUCAAUCUUUAUCUUCGGGUGGGUCGCGCUGCAAGAUACCAGCGCGCUUUCUCCAGCGCGGGUGUUUCCAGCGCUAUUGCUUCUCCGUCGGAUCAAGACGCAUUUCUCCAACACUGCGCGGCUCUUUGACGUCGCCAGCAAGGGCCAGGCAUCCCUUUGCAAGAUCGACUGCUACCUCAACGACAACGUGGGGUCUAACGGGCCUGAAACAGUGAUGGCGAUGGAACAUGCCUGCUUUGGUCAAUCGUCAGAAGAAGGGAAGGCACUGUUGGCCAACGUUUCGUUUCGCCUACGACGGGGGCAGUUGGCUAUGCUUCAGGGGAAGGCAGGAGCUGGCAAGUCCACGCUACUCAAUGCGUUGUUGGGCAAUACCAAAUGCAUCGAUGGAGACGUUUUUGUAGCGCAAGAUUGCAAGAUUGCGUACUGUGCGCAGGAGCCGUGGUUGCAGACACUCAGUAUCCGCGACAACAUUCUAUUUGGCUCGGAAUUUGACAGUCAAAAGUACUGGUGCGUGGUCGAGGCCUGCUGUCUGAAGGAUGACUUGCGGAUGCUCCCAGAGGGUGAUAGCACGCAUGUCGGGCCGAAGGGAAUCAAUCUGUCUGGUGGGCAAAAAGCUCGAAUUGCACUUGCACGUGCUUGCUACGCCGAUGCCGAUAUUUAUUUACUGGACUGCCCCUUUGCGAGCGUGGAUGCCAUUGUCCAGAACGAGAUCUUCACGAAGUGCAUUGUGGAGCUGCUGCGGUUCAAGACUGUGUUGAUGGUCACACACAAUCGGGAGCUUUCGUCGUCGAGCUUUGUAGAUCACGUUCUUCGCGUCAAAGAUCUCACGGUUGUGGUCGAGUCGGCCGAAAAGGGCUGGGAUGUCGGUCGUCAUCCGUCGAGGAGAGUGGAUCCGAGAAAUUCGCUCCCGCCAUGGCGAGGUGAAAGCAAGCAGGAUGGCCAGAAAAAGAGUGCACAACAACCUCGGGGUCUAGCGCUUUGGCAACCCGUUGCAUUGCCGCUAUCCUCCGCUGCUGUACUUGUCAAGCCAGUUGCAUCAAAAGCAGUCGCCACUUCAAGCAGCACUCAAGUACCAGUGACAUCGGAGUGUGUCGGGAUUAAAGUGGCGAGGAAGUUCAAGUGGAAGGAAGAAUGGUUUUCUCUCAAGACGUGGAAAAUGCUGCUCAAAGGUGGCAAGUGCAUGCGAUACCACGUCCCUGCCAAAUUCUUCCUCUUUCUUUACGCAUUCGCUGUCACAUCGAAGGACGUCUUUCUUAUGAAGUGGAGUGACCGCGUCGACCAUGGAGACGUCUCGAAUAUGGACGGCUCUGCAAAAGUUUAUGGGGUUCUGGUGCUUAGUUCAAUGGUUUCGGGGUUUGCCAGCUCGGUCCUGCAUGCGCACGCUAUGGCCAACUCCGCCAACAGAAUGUUUCACGAAAUGACAGCAGCACUAUUGCGUGCACCGAUGACGUUCUUCUACUCGACGCCUGUGGGGGAGCUCUUCAAUAGAUACUUCAAUGAUAUUCGCGUUCUGGAUACAACCUUCGCGUUGGCCUUUAUGGCCAUGUUCCGUUCGGCCUUCAUGACGCUCGGCUUCCUGGUGGGGCUUCUGCGGCUCUCUUUCCGUGCCGAAGCUGCGAAUCUAAAUUUCAUCUCAGAAGCGCUGGACGGUUCCGCGACAAUCCGCGCGUUUGGUCGGCAGCAGAUCAACCGUUUCCGCGUGGAGCAUGGAGUGUUAUCCGAUGAACUGAUGAAGGGGCAGUAUCACACGGAGGUGUUCAACCGAUUCGUGUUGAUCCGCUGCGACCGUGUGCUGGGUAUUCACAUGCUACUGCUGAUGUUCUUGCUAUCGAUGCACAAUAUCUCGCCGGCUGAGCUGGGACUCAUGCUUUACUACGUGUUCACCAUCAACUCGGACGUUUACACGCUCAGUUCCAAGCUGCUUGAAGUCGCAUUGUGUCUGUUAAAUGUUGAGCGAGUGCGCAAGUACGGACUGAUUGAGCCGGAACUGCAAAGCUACGAAGGUAACCCGUUGACGAUUCCAGCGAGCUGGCCUCACCGUGGUGAUGUUGUAUUCGAGAAGGUAUCCUUCAGCUAUGCGAGCUCGUCCAGUGACGAGAAAGCAGCUCUGGCACUUUGCGAUGUCAGCUUUUCCGUGAAGGGAGGUGAAAAGGUUGGCGUGGUUGGCCGCACCGGGUCGGGGAAGAGUUCGCUGGCGAUGGCGCUGUUCAGGGUUCACCCGUUGACAAAAGGACGGAUUAUUGUCGACGGCCUUGAUGCAUCGCUGCUGAGCUUGAGCGCGCUGCGCACUAAUGUGUGCAUCAUCCCGCAGUCGCCUCUGUUCUACAGGUGCUCGGUUCGCAAUUAUCUGGAUCCGUUUAACGAGUUCGGCGACCGGAGCUGUCCGACAAUGGUGAGAAUUGGAGCUUGGGAGAGCGUCAAAUGCUGUGCCUUGCACGUGCCGUGCUGCGACCGGCACGUAUCGUGGUGCUGGAUGAGUCGUUUUCUGCUGUGGACCAAGCCAACCAAUCUACACUGCUCAACGUGCUCGAUACGGCUUUCCGCGACUCGACUCUGUUCCUCAUAA